GCUCGGGGCGGAUGGAGGCAGCGCGGAGACCCCGGCUUCGGCUAAGCCGUCGGAGGCCGCCCCCCAUGGGCGGGCCCCCGAGCCCCCGUCCGGGGUCCCUUCAGGACGGCGACGGCGACGGCGAGCGCGCACGGCUGUGGGCUGAGCUGCUGCGCGCGGUGAGGGCGGACCUGGACGAGGACGGGGCGUCGCCGCCGCUGCCCGCUUUCCCGGGCCAGGAGCCCAGGCGCGACCCCGAGCGCGUUGCGUCUCCUGAGCUCUUCACCGUGGGAUCCGAGACCUUCUCCUGGACGCCCUUCCCUCCCGCCCCCAGGGGCGGGGAGGGCCUCGGCCGCUCCUACCGGGUGCUCCGCAGGGCCGGCGGGCGGCCAGGUUCCGCCGCCCGGUCCCCGCAAGGAUGCGCCGCGCCCCAGCCUCGUGGGGUCCCCGGCGCCCCGGAGCAGCCGGCGGUAGACAGGCCGCAGACCCUGCAGAGCUGCCCCAUGUGCCAGGCCGACUUCGCCCCCGGGCUGACCCAGCUAGACAUCGACAGCCACCUCGCACAGUGCCUGGCGGGCAGCGCGGACGAUGUGGUGUGGUGAGCGGCCUGCGGCGGCCGUGUCCGGACCACAGCCCUGCACGCCAUGCGUGCGGGUGUCGAAGCCGCCGGCCUGCUCGUGCCGUAGCCAGUCUGCUGGGGCCGCGGCCUCGGCUCGGCAGUGACCUGCUGCUGUCGGCACGGCGACUGACCCCGCGCAGACGGACUCGGGCCGGCGUGCGGACACCCGCAGCAGCUGGACCGGGCCCCGCACCCAGGUGGUCGCCGCGUCCCAGGACCUGGGUGUGCGCGUCCCUCCUGCAGCUGCCACUGCCGCCAGCCCCAGAGGGAAGGAAGACCGGCCGGCGAGUCGGGGCCGCUUCCCCGCGACCAGAACCUAAGGACGGACACCGCCCAGCGCCGUCCGGGGGCAGGGGGCCGGGCUGGCUCCCCGGGUCUGCCCGGUUCGGGAAGAGCCGGGCUCCGUGCCCGCUUAGGCCUGACGCCCUCCUCCCUGCCGCCCCCACGGCGGCCGCGGAGCACCGGCGGCAGGCGGGCGUCCAAUGCGAAGCUGUGGGUGAACUUGCAGGCGUCUGUUUCAUCUCAACGGUGGCCCCACGUCAGCCGUGAAAACGCGGGGCGGGAACUUGAAUGCGAGUUCCUACAGGAAAGACGCCAGCCUGAAAAGGCCGCGUCCUGUGCGACCGGCACCGCGAGAUUCCGGGGAAGACCAAACCGUGGCGCCAGUGGAAGGGUUGGCAGCGGGGACAGGUGGAGCCGAUGCUCGGGCACAGAGACGCCUGUGUCAUCUGUCAUGGCCGACACAUGUCAUCGGACACCUUGUCCAGGCCCCUGGGGCGGGCACCACGACGAUGUAACCCGGGGUUGCUGGGUGAAGGUGGCGUGCCCGUGGUGACAUGCACACCGGCUUUGGGGACGUGGACAGUGGGGUCCGCUGGGCCUGGCUGGGAACACACCGGAAAUCCCUGUGGCUGCCCCUCAAUUUUGCUGUGAAUAUGAAACCGCUCUGUCAAUAAAAUGCUUUUUAA